AUGUCUCUCGAACUUUCUCACGCACCUGUCACCCUGCAUUCCGAUGGCACGCCACCUCACGAGACCGUUGCCUUGACGCCCCCAAGAUCGGCGGUUCAUCUAACCUCACGAAAUCAAUUUAACAGUCUGCCUUCACAUCGCCGGGCAAACACUGAAUAUAUUGCAAGGCCACCGCUCUUUGAAGAGGGUAAAGAUACAAUAUCAGGCCCGAAGAAUACCCCUUGGACAGAAACCUUCCCCAAGAAGAAGCUUGAAGCAAGGGCUAGGGUCUUGUCAGAUUGGUUUCAGGGGAAAUCAGAUCCAGUCGAAUUGGGGCUGAAAAUGGGCCCCAAUAACGCUUCAGACGCGACCGGAUUUGAUUCCCGUCCAGCUCCAACCUCCACGUCACAUACGAGGCAGAACUCGACCCCAACGAAUCGGUUUUCAUUCUUUGGUCUCCGGCGACAACAGAGCAAACCCAACUUCCCAGAACCAGCAGACGAUGAGUUUUUGAACCUGGACAUAGCUGCCGCUCUCUCACUACCCGCGACCGACGAUACCAACCAUGAGGCACUGGAUGCCCUACGAGAUCAUGCCGACAAAGUACUACGACGCAUGCAGGAGGCCUAUAAGCAGCGCACCUUUGCUAUGCACCAGGCAUUAGUGGACAAGAAUGAAAAGCAAGAGGAGCUCGAAGAGACUCGCGCUAGAGUUGAUCACCUCAAGAUGCAGCUAGACGGCGUGGCUGCCAAGGUGCUUGAUCAAGAGAAAGCCAUGCAGGCCAUGGCGGAGGAAUUAGAACAAGAAAGACAAAUGCGAAAGAACGAGGAAUCUCGCAAUCGCAGUGGUACAAUCCGUACCGUGCAUCCCGAUGACGAUGUGCCUCCCAUGGCACUCCAAACCCCUCGGCGUGGAGGCAAGCGCGCUAGCCACAGCACAUUCACCAGCGACUCGGGCUUUGAGUCCGGUGAUGAGAGCGUUGCUGAUAGCGUUUUCUCUCAGCGUGAGGGUCUCGAGUCUCCCACCUCAACGCUGACCGCGCCGUCCCCCAACAUGUCGCAGAUCGCUCUGUCUACGCCGACAGGCCCCAUGCCAACACCUACGAUUCAGAAGAACCUGGUCGCGGUCACUAGUGCACCGCCUGCACGCUCAUCAGCAUAUGAUCGGGUGUUGAAGGGUCUUGCUUCAACGCGUUUAGGUAGCUCUUUCACUGGUAAUGGUAACACGUCCAAUUGCAACAUCUGCUAUGGCGUGCCCGCUUCCGAGGCCUGGAGUGUGAUGGGUGUUCUACAAGAAGAGAAUCGCGGUCUGAAGACACGAUUAGGAGAGCUCGAGGUGGUGAUCGAUGAUUGCCUGGGUCUCGUUGGACCUUGA